AUGAUAGCAUUUACUGGGAAAUUUUGGAAAGUUAUAGGACCAAGCCAAUGGUCUAUGAAAAGCAACGAAUUCAGAGUUUUCACCACCACAUCCAGCAGACUAUCUAACCUGCAUACCUCUGACAAUUCCAAUGAUCUAUACUCGCACACCGAGAAGUACUCACAUUCUCAUGUUUAUGCCUAUUUGCAAGAGGCCAAAAAGGAUAUUAUCGAGAAACACAAUUUGUAUCAUUUGAAUGACAGAUUAACGCAGGCUUUGGAUUAUAAUCUACGCGAUAUACAUCACAUAGGUUCGAAAAUUUUAAUACCCACAUUCAGAGAUGUGAGAAAAAACCCACAUAUUUCAUCAGCAGAUCUCAAAUCAUUGAACAUUUUGGGAUGGUGCAUGGAACUGCUAUUUAUGACAUUUAACAUACAAGAUGACCUUAUGGACAAAAGUAUCACGCGAUUUGGUAAACCCUGCUGGCAUAAGCUAGACUCAAUUGGCAACAGUGCUAUAAAUGAUACCCUAAUAUUUGAGAAUAUGAUUUUCUAUUUGCUUGACAAGCAUUUUCGAAAUUUCAAAUGUUAUACGCAGCUGGUGGAUAAUUUCCGUGAGAUGAUUUUGGUAGCAGCCUGUGGUCAAGCUUUGGAUAUGCAGCUCUCUCAAAUGCCCGUGGAAUCUUUCACCAUGGAAAUGUAUAGAUAUACAGUCGAAUUUAAAAAUGGGUAUUGUGCCUUUUAUUUGCCCUUUGCUGCAGCCAUGAUCUUGGCAGGUAACACAAAUCCCUUAAGUUUUCAGAAGACAAAAUCCGUUUCCCUAAAAAUGGCCUUUUAUUUGCAACUGCAAAAUGAUUACUUCGAUAUCUACGGCAGUCCCAAGGCAACGGAAAAAAUUGGCACUGACAUUGAGGCGAAUAAAUGUACAUGGCUAGCUAUUCAAUGCAUGCAAAGAGCCUCAAAGGAACAAAAACAAAUUAUGAUGGAAUGUUAUGGGAAAAAAGAUUCCCAUAUGGUGCAACAAGUUAAAGACCUAUAUAACAUCCUUAAUAUUGGUGAUCUCUAUGUACAUUUUGAAGAAGACAUAAUUGCCGAGAUAACUUCGGAGAUUCAGAGAGCAUCAAAUGAGGUGCCUGCAAUAGCCAUGAUGCAUGUGGUAGACAGAAUGCGCCAAAGUGAUCUUCAUUAG